CGGAGGGGUGAGAGCGCCUCCGCCAGUUGGGGGGAAACGGGGGGAAAACCUUUCUCUGCUUGAAACCAGGAGGCACACAUCACCACAGUGAUUGUCAUCCGACUGGAUCUUCCCUCCUUGAGAACAUGGAACAAGAUUUUUGACAGUGUAAUAACAGAAUCCUGAUCCAUCUAGAAGCUUGAGUACCUGCAAAAAUGCCUGUUUCAAGAGUUCCAGCUAAUACCAGAUUUCAAGUAAUGCCCUCAAAUUACCAAGAAAAAAUCGCAAGCUCUUCAGCAGCAAUGCUUCAAAUCACCUAUGAAAAGCAAAUCAACCGUUUGGAAAUAAUGCAACAGUUCGUCCUUUACUUCAAUAAGAUGAAAAAUCCGGAGACUCAGAAAUACUUUUUCGACCUUGCUACAAAAAUGCUUUGCAGAUGUAAGAGAAGAUUAGGUCUCAACUCUUUGGGCUCAGGAAAUCAUGUAGACCUUCCAGGAGCCUGGGUUGAAGCCAUCGUUUUGACACAGUGCAGAGGAAAAAUCCAGGAAGAAGCUCUCGAUAUCCUUUACCUUUCUUUGGACCAUGCUUACUUGAAUCCAGAGCACAUCCCAGCAUUGUUUUUCAUUGGUGAAUCUGUUCUGUUUGGCAUCUGCUGUAAAGAAGCCAGGAAGAAGUACUUGUAUUCCGGUGAAAUAAAACUGAUAAAGAUUGGUUUCUUGACCUUUUUACGACUGUUUAUCUAUCACCUGUAUGGUGUGCUGGAAGGUUUCAAUGAACAUAAACUUCGGCUUCAUUCAUUUUUAAGAGAACUUAUUCAUCAAGAAGAUACUUACUAUGUCUACCCAGACAUCCUUUUCAUUCUGCAUUUUAUGCAGAAGGCCGGAGAAGCCAUAUGUAACAUGGACCUGUGUUCUGAAACCUAUUCAAGCGCUCUUGGCCUGUCAAGCCCAAACUUCUUUCAGCAUUUGAUGUCUGAUUACGGAGAACGGAUUAUUAACCACUUUCUCUGGAAUUGCAUUGUUGCUUGGGCUUGUGUGCAUGACAACAGUCUUCAACUGGAUGAUGUGCUGAAACAUGUCAUCUUGUAUAAAAAUUAUCUUCAUCCAAAAUACUGGUUGGAUUCAAUUCUGAGUUUGGUGGUCCUCGGGGAAGCCGCCAAAUCAAACAUGUCCUGUUUGAGAAUUUUAUUGAUUGUUAUGAGAGAUUUUAUUUCAAACUGUGUCUUUCUUCAGAAACAGGCUAAGAGCAAAGCGAAGGACAUCGCUUCAUCCUGGGAAAUAGUCUAUGUGUACACCUUCAUCCUUGAGGACAUUUGUUUGCAUGCUACUACCCUGGAGCUGAAAAAAACAGCUUUACUUGGUUUCUGGGGCAGUACAUAUGGCCCACAAAAGCUAGGAUCAAGAGUUAGAGUACCACCAGAACACCGAGUGCUGAAAGGAGCAAGUGUUUUAGAUCUCCUGCAGUAUUACCUUUUGCAGGAAUCAGAUGAUCGCAGUCAACUGUACUGGACCAUUCGUUGCAAUUUAUUUAGCAAUCUAAUAAAGAUGUUUUGGGAGUUCAGUGGAGAUGAGAUCAGAGAUGCACUGCAAGGCAUCGUCUGGAGAGCUAUACAGAAAAUAAAGGAGAGUGAGAAGGACAGUCGAGUCAUUGAUGCCCUGAAAAUAUCUGAGGAUGAAUUAAAUGAAGUAACAAAUCCUUUCAAAAGUUCAAGUGUAAAAGUUACAUCAAAUCCCAGGAACCCAAUUUCCUUCCAACAAAUGGGCUGGAGAUUUGCCAAUGCGCUCUCUAAGCUCUACUUACCAUCAAGCGGUCCUUAUAUCCUUCGGAGCAAGAAAGCUGAAAAGAAGCAAACUCAGACACGUCAUCAAGGACCAAAUCAAGGCAAAGGGAAGAAAGCUUCAUGCUCUGCUGCAAGGUGGUUCCGGUUGAGCCAUCUAGUACAGUGCCGUGCACCCAGUGGACAUUCAAAAGAUCGGCAGGGGAACCUAAAAGAAGAGGCUCAAGAAGAUCAAGUGUUUAAAGAGAAAAAGUCAAAGGAGAAGUACUUCAAAGAAUUAUAUGUAAAAAAAGGAAAGAAAUGCAACAAGGAAAACCCCAAUAAGGACCUGAAGAGGAACAUCCAAUUCAGGAGAAUGGGCUCAGCCACCAUGACAAAGUGGCAGGUGGUUCAUCAGCUAGCAUGGUUUAAAAUUAGAUCUAGCUUGGGGAGUCAAAAUCGGUUACACCAAGUUCUUUGAAGUGAUUAAUUUCAGAAUGGAGUUACCAUUGGUGUAGUGUACAACUUUCUUUUAGCAUCUUGAUCCUUAUUAAACAGCCUGUCUGA